UCUGCUAACUUGGAUGUAUAGAUCAUUUCAGUGUGAAAAAGAAUGAAGCAAAGAUACGUACUUUCACAAAGCAAAAUCGUAAAUAUUUUCUCUUCAAAAUUUUCCUAAUGUUUUUUACUCGUUUUCCGUUUAAUUAUUUUCAGUGGUUGACAUCCGAUUUUUCCAUCCUUAUGGGACAUCUUAGUAAGAAUUCUGCCAACGUUAUCCUGUGGGAUUUGGGUGGGAGAGCUUGGGUUGUUGAAUUUAUAGCAAAACCAAGAGCCAAGUUCCAGUCUGGUUGGCAUGAAUUUGUGCGAGGCAAUAAUUUGAAUAUUAAUGAUGUAUGUGUAUUUGUGUUGAUUGAUGACACUAGACUUGUGUUUGAAGUUGUCAUUUUCCGCGCUGUAGAAGCUGCAAAUUGCACCUUGUUACCAGAUGUUGAUGGGGAAGAAACUGAUGAGGAUGAUGAUUCUGUAGAUAGCUUGGAUGAAUUUCCACCAUGCUCAAAAACAAGGAAGAUAUCUCCAAUAGCACCACAGCCUCACAAGAAAAACAGAACAUGUUCAACUAGUAAAGCAAAAAAUAUCGAACAUGUUUGUGGCUCAUCUAAGCCUCGAAAAUUAGUAAUUCAAAGACCUGAGGUUACAAGAGUGAUGCAUCCAGUUGCAGCAAGUGGAAAAGAUAGAGCUCUUCUGAGAGCUAAUGCUUACAAAUCUAAAUACCCUUCUUUCACGGCUGCUAUCCAUCCCACAAAUAUAUGUGGAUGUUAUUUGGCUUUGCCAGCCAAGUUUGUCAAGGAACAUCUUAACCAGGCUCAUGAUAAGGUCAUCCUUUGUGUUUCGGAUGAAAGAACUUGGCAUGUCAACUUAUGCAAAUAUGGCAGGGCAUUCAGACUCCAGAGAUGGAUGAGAUUUGUUCGAGAAAAUCAUUUGGAAGUUGAUGAUGUUUGUGUGUUUGAGUUGAUUAACAACAUCAAACCUUUAUUUAAUGUUGCCCUUUUUCGCGCCAAAUAAGAAAAAUUGAAAGAGUAGCCUGAUGGAUGAAGUAUUUGAGGAAGCUGAAUAUUUCACCAAGAAUACUACCAUGUUGAAUCUGAAAAUAGAAGGCAGAGGAGGCCUGCAGAUACCAACUUGCUUAUAUAUUUGUCUUCCAUUGUUGUUUUUGAUCACCUUAGAAAGGCACAGAUCUAAGAAUCUCUUUUGUUUUCGAAAUUUCAACUUCAUCUUGAAGAUUUACUUUGAAAAAGCAUCAAUGUAGAAGAUCUCUAUACUUUUU